AUGCUCGACAUUCAGCCUCGUGCCGAUCUCACCGUGGCGGACGGAAGCGGCUUCUUCACCUACCCCUUGGUCUUCCAGGCUCACCUGGGUGAGGGCGAUGAGGUCCAGGUUACUAUUACUUACGACACUGGUCUGCUGGAGGAGGCAGAGGUUGCGAAUCUGGGUUAUCAGUUCGAGGCUGUAAUACAGCAGCUCACUUCAUCAUUUGAUGAUCCCGAGAUAAAGGUCGGUGAUAUUCACGCCGUUUCCGCCAACGACCUGACGCAGCUUCAAGCCUGGAAUAAUGCAGCGACGCCCGAGCUCGUUGAGCAGUGCAUCCACGACUUGUUCGUCAAGCAGGUCGAGCUCCGACCCCACGCGCCCGCCAUCUCGGCCUGGGACGCUAGCUUCACCUACGCUGAGCUCGAUCAGGCGGCCAACCGUUUGGCGAACUACCUCGUCCCCCGAUUCCCGGCCUUGGGACCCGACGUUCUGGUUCCCAUCUGCUUUGAAAAGUCCGCCUGGGUUUUCGUCGCCAUGCUGGCCGUUAAUAAAGCCGGCGGCGCUUGGGUUACCCUUGACCCCUCGCAUCCUCAGCAACGGCACAAGUCCAUCGUCGAACAGACCCGCACGUGCGUUGUACUCUGCUCCCCCGCGCAGGCGAAGCGCGCCUUUUCCCUGCACGCCGACGUCGUCGAGGUGUCAGCCGAGCUGGACAAUGCGCUGAUGGCCACCUUCGGCAGGGACCCUCCCUGCCCAGUCUCCGGGGUUGGGCCACACCACGCAGUCUACGUGCUUUUCACAUCUGGGUCGACGGGUCUGCCCAAGGAUGGUACCAUGACUUUCGUCUCCCGUAACAACACCCAAGUAAAAGUCCGCGGGUUCAGAAUCGAACUUAGUGAGAUUGAACAUCAUGUCCGCGUUAAGCUCGGCGAGUCCGCGACGUCGGCAAACGAGCCGCUGCAGAUCGCAGUGGACACGUUCAAGAACAAGGCUGGCGCUGUGACUUUGGCUGCUUAUAUCUGCUUUUCGGAGAACACCAGGGUUAUCCCGGCGGGAGUGGACGACAUUGGCGAGCUCGCCAACGAGCUGCUCCAGCCCUUUGAUGAAAAUAAUAAAGACGGCGACAACCUCCGCGUGCGCAUGCUAUCGCUGUCCAGCAGCCUCGGUGUCGUGUUGCCACCGUACAUGAUUCCGAGCGUCUUUAUCACCAUGCGAUCCAUGCCGCUCGUCACAUCGCAAAAGAUCAACCGCAUCGUGCUGUCCCGCAUUGCUUCCGUCCUCGACGACAACCAGCUGGCCAUGUACAGCCUGCAGGACGGGACUCAAGAAAGGCAGGCUCCCCAGACCGAAACAGAGAUAAAGCUGGCAGGGCUGUGGGCAGAUAUUCUCAAAGUCGCACCCGACGCCGUUGGCAGAGAAAGCCACUUCCUCCGCCUGGGUGGCGAUUCUAUCGCAGCCAUCCGGCUCGUGACCGCCGCGCGUGACCUGGGGCUGGAGCUUAGUGUUAAGGAGGUAUUUGAUGACCCUCGCCUGUUGGCCAUAGCUGCCACGGCGGAUGCCAAAGGAGCCGCGGAUGACGGAGUGGAUGACUGGGCAGGAGAGUACCCCGAAUAUGUAGAGCCGUUUGCGCUCUUGCAGCCAGAAAGUUUGGGUGACAACAUUGCUUCUGAGGAUGAUAUUAAGCAAUUAUUUGCCGACAAGUGCAGGGUCUCCCCUGACGUGGUCCAGGACGCCUACCCGUGCACGGCGCUGCAGGAUGGCCUGAUGGUCCUUGCCAACAGGCAGCCGGAGUCCUACACCACGCGUAACGUUUUCAAACUGCCAAACGGCAUUCAUAUCGACCAUUUUCGUCAAUCGUGGGAGAGCGUUGUCGAAAGCUGCGAUACCCUCCGUACAAGGAUCGUCGUUUGCAAUGGCCAUGCGGUUCAGGUUGUCCUUCAAGAGCCUACAUGCUGGCGGGAGCCGGUCCCCGGCGGUGGCAUCAAGGCCUUUGUCCAGCGCGAGGCGUCGACUCCAAUCAGAUACGGCGAACCGCUAUCCCGCUAUGGUAUCGUGGAGGACGGCGGCCGCGUCUACUUUAUCUGGACUGUGCACCACUCCGUUUAUGACGGGUGGUUCCUGGGUCAGCUUUUUAAUAUGUUGGACAAAUUUAUGUCCGGCGAACAUCAUCUCGUGAAUAAGCCAGUCCCGUUCCGUAACUACAUCGGCUAUAUCCUGGCUUGCGGCGAGGAGGAUAGUCGGGAUUUUUGGCGUGAGGAGCUAGACAACACUCAAAUGAAGCACUUCCCAACACCGAGCUCCAAAAAGACAGCCGAAACCAAAGCUCCCAAGAUCCACCAGGCGAUAUGCCACCAGUUCCAGCACGUCGUCGCUCAGCUUGUCGGCUGUGCGGGAGAGCUGUCCGUUCAAAACGUUCCGCUCUUUGGCAGUUAUGAUCAGUAUUUGAUUUCCGAAUGGAAUGCCGCCAGCAAUACGGAAGCCAUCCAGUCUGCUACGAUUCAGCAAGUCUUCUCCGAGGUGGUUGGCAAGAAUCCCGAAGCCGAAGCAGUAUACUCUUUCGACGGUAGAUUUACAUACGCAGAACUCAACGCGGCGUCCGAUAGGCUGGCCGGCCAUCUCAUAGCCCUAGGUGUCCUGCCUGGGAUGCAGGUUCCCUUGUGCUUCGGCCACACCGCUUGGUACAUCGUGGCCGUGCUGGCAGUACUCAAGGCCGGCGCGGCCUUUGUGCCACUGCACCCGCAGCAUCCUCUGCGCCGCCGACGUGAGGUCAUUGAGCAGCUCACCUCGACCAUUCUUCUUGGCACGUUCUCGGGCAUCGAAAGCUCCGCCGAGCUGGCCUCGACCAUGAUUCUCGUUAUAGUAGAUGCUGAGCUGGACCAGAGACUGCAGCGUUGUCCUCCGCCCCAGGUCACGGACUGGAAUGCUAUUUGCACACCAGGCGACGCAGCCUAUGUCAUUUUCACUUCCGGCAGCACUGGAACGCCAAAGGGCGUCGUCCUGCAGCAAGAAGCCCCAACGACCUGCGCUCCGCCGACACCGAAAACACCAGCACCAGCACCGGCAUGCUCCUGA